CGGUAAUUCAACGGUCUGCACGAGAAAACGCUCGCCUUGAGUUGUGGUGAUGUUUCUGCAGUGUAUAUUGACCUGUUAUCGUGGAUAGGAUACAAAAUGCCGAUAAGUGUCUCUGACUGUCAAUGUUUGGUCCAUCUGGCUGGAUUUGGGUACACCCUACUGCAAUAUGUUGACAGGCCUUGCAUUUCGACCCAAGAGUGAUUCUGCAACUCGUGAAACUUAACUUAAUCUGCUGAAAUCAUCGUAAAAACAGCGGUACGAAAAACGGGAAUACAUGGAAAAUGUUUAACCGGGGUCGUUCGACUUUUGUGGGUGGCCUACGUGAUAUGUCUGCAGAAGCUGUUGUGUGUUCUACAUUUGGAAUCCAACCCGGUAUUGUGAAACAAACAAAAGAGAAAUUCGCCAGUGAUACUGAGUCAUCUUCUUACAACGUUUUCAACAAAGUGGCUCGUUCUUCACGGGGGUCAUCGGCCAACGCAUCUUUGAAGUCAGAAUAUGAUUUUGCUCUGCGUGGAGACUCUGGGGGGAAGUACAACCAAUCUGGCUCGGUCUUCCGCAGACCUCCACUAUUUGGAAGAGAAUCAGGAAUAGCAAAAGGUUAUUUUUCGGAAGGGAGUAUCCAUAAUAUUCGUGAGAUUAAUGGGGUAGCUCCGCGGUUGUCCAAUACACCUAGAACCGGAGAUUUGGCAGCCCACACCAGGGGAAUCUCCGAGAGAAAGGAGCACAAUUUCAGAGGAAGUCUCCUCUCUACGCAAAUGAUUUCUACGGACGAUUCUUAUGGAAAUGCGUUUAAUGGACAUAACGAUAUCAACCUGAAUAAUGGAUGCAGAGUUUUCGGUACCGUUGAAGAUUUUGGCGCUGAACGGACCGAUCUUGAAUCUAGCAUACGUUUUCCGCCAGUUGCCAAGUCACCAACGAAACGUACCUUAGUUUCAACAGGACAAGAUGGUUCUUUGUCUGAAUCGCCUGCAAAUGGAACAUUUGAAAACCUGAAAUCAGAUAAAAUGGCGCGUUUUCGACCAAAUAUAUCAAACCCAUUGAGUGAGGAUUUAUCAAACAAAAAUUUAUUUCCAACACAUAUAAAACAGACACCAUUUAGCUACAUUCAUUCGAAUGACGUGGCAAACCAAAGAGAACUGAUUCAUCAAAGUUAUACUGCGGCUCCUUUUCAGUUUGCCGACAGACCUGCGUCGGAUGCGACAAAAUUAACAGCCUUCAGAUCUCCGAGAGCAAUGUCAACGAAAAUGAAAAGGUUAUAUCCUAUUUCAUCGGGCACUCUUUAUGCGAAAUCGGAAUUCACUUCACAACGGCCCAGUAGUGAAUACAAUCCAGUACAAAUUAUGCAACACAACCCAGCUCCCGUGAAUCUCUCCCCGUGCAGUCCUUGGGAUAAAUGGUCUGGUCAGGAGAAGCCAGUCGCUGUGGGUGCUGAAACAAGUGAUAGUUAUUCGAACAAUAGUUUACAAAGUUCUAUACAAGUGCAAACAAAACCACAAUUUAGAGAGCAAAGGCGUACUGAAAAAUGUCGGCCGCUCUCACGACAUUCGGGCUCACUGGUUUCAAAUGUAUUUGAAAAUCCUACUUACGCAGUGUCAUUGUCUAUGCAUAAUGAUGUGCUCCAAAACAUCGGGCCUCCAGAAAGCAAGACAGUAGAAGACGUUGCGAGGAAAUCGGUGAACGAUUCGCAGGAGGGCUCCAUUGGCGCCCUGCAAGGUCACGGUGCCAGGCGCUGUAAAUCGUUUGUAAUGCAUCGAUCAAAUACUAUAUCACUGAGUAAGGCAGACUCUUAUUCAGAGGGAAGGAGAGAGAAAUCGGCUCAUGUUCUGGAGACAAGCCGGUUUCCGCAGACAUGUUGGUGGACAUACCCCUAUCUUUCAAAUAGGCACUAUAGAUACCCGCCACAAAAAGCUGUACACUCGGAUGGAUACAAUGAACGGAUAAGCAGAUCAAAAGCCGACGAACCGAAGGAUAGAGUGAUCCAACAGGAGACACUGGAAGAAAUGAAGGAGCAUUUGGCCGAAUGCAAGAAGUCUCAUGAUACACGUGACGUUGUUCCAGAUAAGGCACAUCUAAUAAAAGAUGAGAACAAUUCACAGCCCCCCAAGCCGCUUCAAGCACCAUCACUAAGAAAGCAUAGUACGGAGAAACAUGCUUUUGGUAGGGGUUGUCAGAAAAAGGCAUCUUUAAACGGUGUUCAUAAUGAAAACGUAUCGCAGCUCUUUGCUGAACGGAACUAUCAACCUUCUACUACAUUCGACGAUCAGAAAAUUAUAUCUUCUAGGGCAGAACAAGAAAAUGUACUGCAAAAUCACGAUACGUCUGUGAAAACAACAUUACCAAUGAGUAAGACUCAUCAAGGAGACAUGAAAACUCAAAGUGCAAGACAAAGUAGCAGCUUAGAAAGCCAGUCUAGAUUUUUCGGACCGCCACCAAGAGAGUGGGUACCAGGCGGCCAUUCUGAAAACCCGACUGGACGACCCAUACUACGUUCAAAUUCACAACCACAAACAGGAGCGUUUAAAAAGGACAGCGACCUCGUUGAAUCUACAACUAAGAGGCCGUCAAGAGAGGCAAUUAAUGGCGCAAUUCCAAAACCACCAUUGUUAGAAAUGCCUGAUGUUUUGAAUUCUCCAAAACACCAGAAAGGCGACCUGGAACAUUGUGAUCCGUCGGAUGUUAACCGGACAAUGAAACGUCGGACGUUGAGUAUGCCUUCGAGCAAUAGGAAUUCAAGCAGUUCCAUCAGUCAGCGUCCUGAGUAUACAGUACUUACGCAGAAGCUAGAAGAACAGUUUAGGACCGCAACAAGCUGGAUUAAACCGAAGGUCACUACUGCGCCUUUAUCAAAGUCAAAACCAAAGGACCUGGAUCCAGAGCCAAGUAAUGGAAAGCCAGUGGUCGAAAAAUCUGAAAACAAGGCUGAGGCUGCGCUAACCGCCAGACCUUCUUAUAGCUGGCCGCAGAGUGGGAACGCUGCUGGCAAAACAAUACAACCAAUGCAAAAGCAGCUUAUGAUGGAGUUGGCAGAGACAUUGGCUAAGCGUACAGAGAAUGUAGACACGCUCCAGUUUUCAUCUUCACCACCAAAAACAGAAUUCACUGAAACCAAACAGGGCAAUAUUCCUCCACAUACAUCGCCGGAGGUUGCAGCAGUCAGCAGUAAAGUGAAACCGGACGAUCUUUUCGCCUUCCCGAAACCCUUUGCACCGAUGAACUCAACGUUAAAGCACAUGGGAGCGACGAAUGAAACGGUCGGCUGUCGGGAUGCUCCACCCAAUGUUCGACCCGGAGUGACCACCAGUGAGUCACCUGUUGGAAUGUUCAACUCGGCGCCGUUUCCGAUUACCAAUCUCGUACCAAUGCAGAAUGACAAGCAAGUGGGAAAUACUGAUCAAACCGUUGGCUUUCGAGACGCUGCGUCCAAUUUCCGUCCCGGAGUGACAACCAAAGAGCCAUCUGUUGGGAUGUUCAACCCAGUGCCGUUCCCAUCCACCAAUCCUGUACCAGCUCACAAUGAUAAGAUCGAACUUGAGUCUGGUCACGUAGAGACAAGAGAACCCGUUCCGGUUUUCACACCACCUUCAAAGGCGCCGUCCAUGCCUGUUUUCGGACAAAUCAGUGAUUCUGACCAGCUUACGAACUCGAAAGUGCAGCACGGACCCAUCAAUGGAGACGCAAAGAUACCCGAUCCCAUUAGCAAAGAGCAGUCAAAGCCAACUCCGCGCCCUCGGGUGUUGUUCCCACCGGAUGACAAACUGACCACGACGCAUGAUUACGAAGUCGACUCGAGAAUAUCGUCUCCCACUCAAUUAAGCAACGAUUAUAGAGGGCUUGUGAUGAGUAAUGAUCUGAGAAUGUACAAGAGCAACAUUGAGGACACAAGCGAUACGGCGUCAAAUUGUUCAACGACCAUAGAACCGCUAAGAAGAAGCCGGAAACAAUAUCCGCGACCGAGGAUGCAAUUCACAGACCCUUCGCCCGAUAUCCCGGAGCUAAGGACCGCCUCCGCCACUUUGGGACCAAAACCUUACAGAAUACCACCACACUUUCAAAGGCAUAAGACAACUGAGCUAUCCGAAGAACGCUCUCCAUCACUUGAAAGACCAAACUCUGCGCCCGCUACAGCACAUACCGCGGUCAAACCAAAUCCGUUAGCAAACUUACCAAAGUAUCCAUGGAAACCUUAUCCACUGAACCCGUGAAGAGCCCCGGCUUUGUCUGUAUUUUCCAGCCACACGAAUUCGAAAAGAGUAGAACCAAGACAAACUGGUGGUCAACUUUAGGCAUGAAUUCCAGCUACAAUUAUUGUCUUUACUAACUUGUGCAUUUUACUAAUAUACUUUUGUUUAUGCUUUCGAUAUGAACCUAUUUUUGCUAUUCGAAGAAGUGCGUUGCUGAAAAAUUUGCACUUCUAAUCCCGUCUACUCAAUUUGUGCUUACCUCACAUCGACAGUGAAUUACGUUUAUAUUUAUCGCUUUCAUAGCGCACGACUUUCCAUCCGAAGAAUUUUUAUUAUGCAGGAUACGUGCCUUCAUCUCAAAUUGUUGGUGUGGCAGUGAAACAAUGUGAAUAGC